CUCCCCUCUUUUUAAAGAGAAAAGUGAGGCCUCCUGCUGCUGCUGCUUCUUCUUCCUCCCUCCGUUUCGUUCUCUGCGGAACCCUUGUCAUCGCCGUUCCUGUACUUGUCCUGGUUCGGAGAUAGGCUCUGUUUCUCUUUCUCUAUCUCUAUCUCUCUCUCUCUCUCCCUCCGCGCGAGCAGAGGCAGGGGCUGCUAGGGCAAGAGCGGAGAGCUCGCCGCUUGUACCCUCGGGGGCUGUCUUUUUUUUUUUUUUUUUUAGGGUUUUGCCUCCUGCGCUGGUGAUCGUCUGGCGACAUGAGGAAGAAGCUCGACACUCGCUUCCCGGCGAAGUGUUGAGCUCACUUUAGGAUCAAACAACAAGUGGACGUAGUGUUUUCUUCGGAAACAGGGGUAGGCAACUUGAUGUCCGCUUAUAAUACAGAUAGAUGAUUUUUAAUUUGUCUGACGUCAUUGUGAUGGCCAAGCUAAAACUGUCCUGGUUUGUCACCCGAUGUCUUGAUGUUUGGGCUUCAGGCCCGGAUUAAGAAAAUUAUGCAAGCUGAUGAGGAUGUUGGGAAGAUUGCUAUGGCUGUGCCUCUUCUUGUUUCUAAGGCAUUGGAACUGUUCCUGCAAGACCUUUGUGAUCGGACAUAUGAUAUAACCUUGAAGAGGGGAGCUAAGACACUGAACUCCUUGCAUCUGAAGCAGUGUGUUCAAACCUUUAACGUAUUUGAUUUCUUGAGGGAAAUUGUGAGCAAGGUUCCUGAUUUAGGUGGUUCCGACACUGCUGGAGAUGAUCGGUCUGCUGCUAAAAGAAGGAAAAUGGUUGAUGAUGGGGAAAAUGACACUGAUGAUGAAUCAAAGAGGAGCCGCAUGAAUGAUACUGGUCACACAGGCAGUGUUGGGAGAGGUAGGGGUAGGGGCAGAGGUAGGGGUCGUGGGCGAGGUGGUCGAGCCUCAGAGGGGGAUGCAACUGCGCAGAAUGAGAAGUUUGAAGUCGAUGGAGAUGUUCCACAGCGGGACAAUUUGAAUCAGGAUCUUGAAGGGACUGAAAAUGGUGACCAUCUCUGUGAAUCAAAAGAGAGCAUUCCUACUCCUAGAUCUGCAGAGCUGCCUGUUCGGAACUUUGACCUGAAUGUGGAUUUGGAUGAAAAUGGGGACUCAAAAUCCAUAUUAGCUUCUGGUCCGGCCAGUUCAUCAGCAGCUCCUAACACUGGAUUGAAGCAUGAGGAAUAUCCUGGGUGGUCCCUUUCCGAAGUUGAGAAGAUGGCUAUCGAUCCCAUUCAGCUCGCAAACAUGAAUAGAAGGAUGGAUGAGUACGAUGAAGACUACGAUGAAGAAGGCUAGGUCAGCAGGGUUUUUUGGUGCUAUUACUUUUGUGAAUCCUCAGUGUUGAUGCAAAAAUCAUUAGAUGUGUUUGAAUAGAGGUUUAGACAGCUCACAUGCUAAACUUAGGAAACAAUGUCUAGACAGGGUCAAAAUUGACUAUAUUCAAGCUCCUUUAGGAAGUUCAUAGUUUAACGGGUCAGAUUGUAUACUUGUACAGAAGCUUUUGAUGGUUGUCACUUGGUGUUAUCAUCACUCAGCUGAUCAUUGUCACUAACUUUUAAUCCCUUUUUUAGUUUGAAAUGUACUUUAUUUCAAUGCACGAGUGCAUCAUAUUAUAUAUGUGUUAA